ACUAGCAAGCCAGUUACCCCACCAACAUAAAUAAACAAAGGUUAUUCUCAUCCUCAUCAAACUCCAUGCUACCUCACUCUCAUUCGACCAAUCUCAGCCGUUGAUCUUCCCCUUCUCUGAUCCAUGAACCUUAUGUCCUUCAUAUCUAGGGUUUCCAUUUCCAACACGAUCUCCACCUCCCGGCACCACCAUGUCUUCCAAGAUCAACGGCCAGGUUUCGCCUCAGCCGUGUCCCCACCUCGUCGACUUCCGCUCCCGCAACGGCUCCAAGCCGUUUCGCGCUUUACAGGACUGUAUCCGCGUCAAGCCGCCCGGCGGUCGCGCCGCCAUAAGGAGGGAACCCUCCGAGGUCCCUCGGUGCAGCACGUGCGAGGAAUCCUCACGUCCGAGGCUCUACGCGUGCGUCGCAUGUGCCGCAGUGUCCUGUCACGCGCCUCCACUUCAUUCCCACGCGUCGGCUCACGCGCUUUCCAUCCCCGGCCACGAGAUCGCUGUCGACGUCGACCGCGCUGAGAUAUUUUGCUGCGCGUGCCGUGACCAGGUCUACGAUCGUGACUUCGACGCCGCCGUCGUCCUUGCUCAAACCAUCACCGCCACCGCCACCACAUCCACGUCCGGAUCCACCGCAAUGCAAUGCAACGUUACCGGAUCUCAACCGGAGAAUCUACGAAAGCGACGUCGAGUAGAUUACCGUCCGUGGGCCCCAGAUUCAAGAGAACACGUCAUCAUCGGAAACCAUUCGAUCCCUCUCCACGAUGCGACCAAUGCCUCAUUGAUUUCGUCAACGGAGUUACCAUGGGGAUUACGCGGAUUGAAUAAUUUGGGGAAUACUUGCUUUAUGAAUUCAGUUUUGCAAGCAUUGCUCCAUACGCCGCCGUUGCGAGACUAUUUCUUAAGCGAUCGGCAUAAUAGAUAUUAUUGUCAGCAAAAAAAUGGUGCUAUUAAUGGUACUAAAAAUUCAAGAUUGUGUUUGGCUUGUGACAUGGAUGCGAUGUUUUCGGCUGUUUUUUCGGGGGAUCGGACUCCUUAUAGUCCUGCAAAAUUCCUGUACAGUUGGUGGCAACAUGCGGCAAAUUUGGCUAGUUAUGAACAGCAGGAUGCCCAUGAAUUUUUCAUUUCCAUGCUUGAUGGAAUUCAUGAAAAGGUGGAGAAGGAUAAAAGGAAGUCCCAGAGUCCAGGCAGUGGAGAUUGUUGCAUUGCACAUAGAAUAUUUUCUGGUAUUCUGCGAUCUGAUGUCAUGUGUCUGGCUUGUGGUUUUACAUCCACAACAUAUGACCCAUGUGUAGACUUUUCCCUGGACUUUGAACCAAACCAAGGGGGUUCUGGGAAGUCUUCAUCCGCCAAAUCCCAUAACUCUUGUAGUGUUGAGGUAGAUUGCAUGGGUUCAAAUCAAAACUGUGGGAUAUCUACUUUAAAGAGUUGCUUAGAACGAUUUACUAGAGCCGAGAGGUUGGGCUCUGAUCAGAAAUUUUUCUGCCAAAAGUGUCAGGUGAGACAAGAGUCUCUUAAGCAGAUGUCCAUAAGAAAGCUUCCGUUGGUUUCAUGCUUUCAUGUUAAAAGAUUUGAACAUUCUUCAAUACGAAAGAUGUCAAGGAAGGUUGACCGAUAUCUGCAGUUCCCAUUUUCAUUGGACAUGGCUCCAUAUCUCUCUUCUUCCAUUUUGAGGAGUCGAUUUGGAAACAGGAUCUUCCCUUUUGAUGGAGACGACCAAGAUGCAUCUAACGAGUUAUCAUCGGAAUUUGAGUUAUUUGCUGUUGUCACACACACGGGUAGAUUAGAUGCUGGGCAUUAUGUGACUUAUUUGCGAUUGAGUAAUCAAUGGUACAAGUGUGAUGAUGCUUGGAUUACUAGAGUUAAUGAGAGCAUUGUUAGAGCUGCACAAGGAUACAUGAUGUUUUAUGUACAGAAGAUGCUAUAUUAUAAAGCAAGUGAAAAGCAAGAUGCAUCAUAAUAUAAUUUUCAGAGAUAAGAAUUUGGUUUUUAAUUCUAAUCAUGUUGGGUCAUUUAAAGUUGUGCUUAAUAUGGAAUUACACAUCAGAUGUCAUGGCUAGUUUUGAAUACCAGAAACAAGUUUCAUCAAGCUGCUCUGCUCAUUGGUAAAAAGACUGGGCUGCUUGUUCGUUCCAAGUACUUCAAGUGGGUAAUUUGUAAUACUUGGUUGGAGUGUUAAGUGAGCCUAAAUUUUUGAGGCACUCCAAUAUUCAGGAAAAUCAAAUUUUGUAAGGCUCAUCUAUGGCAGUGGCACACAGAGAGCUGAUAAACGAAAAGCCAGGCACUUCAAACAUAUUGACAAUUUAAAUAUCAUAAUGUAGGUGGGUUUUAUAUGAGCAGUAAGCUUGAACUGGCAAUACCUUCUUUUUAUUGUUCUGGUUCAGGGGCUGAGGGAUUUCUUUUUCAAUGAUCAAUGAAGCUAAAGCCUAAGUUUGUGAUUUACCUGUUCUCAGGGGUGAUUGUUUUUUCUUCAUGUAAGUCCUGGUCUAUAAUUGUAACUAUCAACCAGGUUAAACGUUUUUCAUAUGUUUGGCUUUGGCAAGCAGAGAAUUAGCAUAUCUACUUCCCAAAGGGUAUCCCAUUGCUGUUGUGUAUUUGUACGUGUAAAAGCCAUCCUUCUCUCUUACUAUGGGAAAAAACAAAAAAAAAAAUUCAGGACAUGGUACAUCUAUGGCCAUGAGGAAUAUCUCAUCCCAUGGUAAAAGAUUGUAUAACAAACCAAGUGCAACAGAAAUUGAAGCAAAAGGUAGAGAGCAGGAGUUCAGCUGGUAGCUGGAUAAAAUGGAUUUUUCCUUAGGUCUGUGACAUUCUUUUCCACCCAAUCUCGUAAUGUUCUCGUCACGGAGAUUGACCACUCUGACUACUUCCUUCGAGGUGCUUAACGUUAUAUCUCAGUGACCCUCCUAUUAUGUUCGAUGUGAUAUUCAGCACUCUUCCUUAGUUUCGUGACAUUUUCUCUCACCUAACCUCGUGAUGCAUUCGUUACGGAGACUGGCAACCCUACUUACCUCCCUCGAUGUGCUUGACGUGAAUCGAACGGUUUAGGGUUGAUUCUGAUACCACUUGUCAGAGGUCGAGACUUAAACUUCGAAUCCGCGCGGUUCCGAGACUUGAAUAUCCACUCAUCUGACGUUUCAGAUCAGUCUUCAUGCUACGGUUCACACUCUUGUGAGGUAUUAUCCGCUCUGAUCCCUUUGACCUUACGGUUUUGUCUUAUAAAAAAUGUCUCAUAAGACAAAGGUGGUAUGAACCUUUUUAUACCUCAGUGAUCUUCUUAUUAUGUUCGAUAUGAGAUUCGAGACUCUUCUUUAAAUCCGUGACAU